AUGUCACGCAGCCCAAUGACUGCCGAAGAUCCCGGCUCAGAGCUCGCCUGGGGAUAUAAAGCUGGCUGAAGGACAAGAGUAGCGGCGAGCUGAGCGUGAGAGAAGCACAUCGCGGGAGGCAGGAGCAUCUCCCCGCUCCGGCUGCUCGGGGCUGAGCGAGGCGAGAGCGGCGCUCCCGGCGCACGGAGCGAGUUCUGCUCUGGCAAAUGAGCUCUUCCAGAGCCGGCGGGGCACAGCGGCGUUCCAGAGAUGCUAUCCCGCUUUGUGUGGCUCGCCCUCCCCGACUUGGUUAACGCCUUUGUGACCGCAGCAAAGUUGCCCCUCAAUGGGAGCCUGGAGGAGACUUUCGUGGUCCCGAACGCGUCGGGUUUCUUUUCCUGGGACAAUGAGAGCCUGGCGGACUGGCAGAGCUUUGUGGGCAGGAGCCGGUACGGAGCGGAGUCGCAGAGCCCCACGGUGAAAGCGCUGCUCAUCGCGGCGUACUCCUUCAUCAUCGUCUUCUCCCUCUUCGGCAAUGUCCUGGUCUGCCACGUUGUCAUCAAGACGAAGCGGGUGCACUCUGCCACCAGCUUGUUCAUCGUGAACCUGGCGGUGGCCGAUAUCAUGAUCACGCUCCUCAACACACCUUUCACGCUGGCUCGUUUUGUGAACAGCACCUGGAUCUUUGGGAAGGGGAUGUGCCAUGUCAGCAGGUUUGCACAGUACUGCUCCCUCCACGUCUCUGCCCUGACCCUUACAGCCAUUGCUGUGGACAGGCACCAGGUUAUAAUGCACCCCCUGAAACCUCGCAUAUCUACUGGAAAAGGUGUUGUCUGCAUCUCUGUAAUCUGGAUCAUGGCAACUUGUUUUUCCCUACCACAUGCUAUCUACCAAAAGCUCUUUACCUUCAAAUACAGUGAGGAUGUUACCCGGUGCCUGUGUCUGCCAGAUUUCCCUGAGCCUGCUGACCUCUUUUGGAAGUACCUUGAUUUAACAACCUUCAUUUUGCUCUACGUCCUGCCCCUUCUGAUCAUCUCCGCUGCCUACCUGACGGUGGCAAAGAAGCUCUGGCUGCGCAAUGUCAUCGGGGACGUCACCACCGAGCAGUACCUCGUCCUCCGCAGAAAGAACAAGAAGACCAUCAAGAUGCUGAUGCUCGUCGUCAUCCUCUUCGCAGUUUGCUGGUUCCCCUUGAAUUGCUACGUCGUCCUCCUCUCCAGCCAGACCAUCCACACCAACAACGCCCUGUACUUCGCCUUCCACUGGUUUGCAAUGAGCAGCACCUGCUACAACCCCUUCAUCUACUGCUGGCUCAAUGACAGCUUCCGAUCGGAGCUAAAGGCUCUGCUCAACGUGUGCAGAAAAGCCCCCGGGCCCUCGGAGCAGAGGCUCCCCUCCACAGUCCCCUCCUGUCGACUGGCUUGGCCAGAAAACGGCAAUGUCAAGAGGUUGCAGGCCUCCCAUGUCCUUCCACCAUCCUCCACCAUCCAGUCAGGAAAGACGGACAUCUCUGCAGUUGAGCCAAUAGUAGCUGUGAGCUAAAUGGUGACCUUGGACUGCACAGAGACUUGGCAAGAGCUAAAACUUGUGGCGGGAAGAUGUGGAGCCCUGGCCACACAACAGGUGAUAAAACCAAGAAGGGGGUUCUGCAGGAGGCAGUAUGAAAGAGCUGCAUGUUUGGUGCAGGCUGAUGACAAUGGUGUGGCCUCCCUAGAGGGGACAAAGUAAACUCUUCCCAGGAAGGAACUUUUGUCUUUGUCGAGGUGACUUUGGACUGGCUAGCAGGAUGGGAUUCUCUGCAUGGGUGUUGCUGUUGCCUGCAUGCCUUUUUAGUACUAGGACUGUGGGUGUGUUUUCCUGGUGCUUAAACAACAGUGUCAUCACAUCAGAUCUCCCUUCCUCUUUUCUGAGUCUCCUCGUGGCAACAUGGAAAUGGUUGAGGUGUAGACCUUUAUGUUAAUGUCUGAGA